AUGGCUAAGGAGAAACCGCUGUGGAGGUGCUGUGCCUUCCGCCUAUGCCUGCUCUCUGCAGCGCUCCUUUUCUGCCUGCAGCUCACCCUGGAGCUGAGGCGCUCCUGGUCCUCAAGGGGCAGCGAGGGGCAGGCCGGACUGCCCUCCAGUAGCUCCCCGCCAGGCUGGCCAGAUGCCCCAGCGCUGCGGCAGCUGCUGCCAAGGGUGCACCCGCCUCCCAGGGUGCACCUGCCACCGGGACACUCCCGGUCCCCAGCUGCCAGCAGGAGGCAGGUGACCUACUUAAGGAGCAACCGUCGAGGGGAGGAGGAGCUGGGCUGCUGCCCCCCAGGAGGGAGCAGUCACAAAAAGUUCCGUUGGCAUAUUGACCUCCAGCCGUGGGCAAGUCCAUCUCAGUCCCUGAACGAAGAAGCCAUGAGAUUCCUGAAAUACAUCAGCACUACCCAGAUUUCAUGCAACCAUUUGGUCCCAAGUGGCCUGAUGAGUGAUUCUGGAAGCACAAAGAAGCCCUGGCCCAUCUGUCUUGAUGAGAAGUUCAGCUUGGCUCAUCAAAUCCAAAAGAAGCGAUGCCGUCUUUACUCUUUGGGACUGGGAAAUGAAGAUACUCACUUUGAAUUGAACAUGGCCAGUGAUGGAUGCGAAGUGCACCGUUUUGAUCCUAGUAUUAAAUCAGCUCAUGUGCAGGAGAGUCAACACCUUUGGUUUCAUCGCCUGUCCAUUGAUUGGAGGGAUCCCCAUCCAGCCAUUGCUGUUCACAAACUGCGCAGCAACACGAAAAAACUGGGAACCAUCUUGAAUGAGUUUGGACACAACAAGAUUGAUGUCCUCAAGGCUGACCUGGAAAGUGCUGAAUGGAAAAUUUUGGAAAAUCUGAUCCUGGAAGGUGUUCUUGAACAGAUUGGACAGCUAGUGUUUGAGAUUCACCUCCACUGGCCUGGGUUUGAGAUUGGUGGCAAUGACAGCGCUGUGGUCCGCUUCUGGUACAGUCUCCUCAAAGAGUUAGAACUGAAGGAUUUCAGGCUCUUUCACACUUACAAAGACUUAUCUAAACCACAGCUAUUCUUAAAGAAAGAACUUUUCAAUGCAAGUAGCUGCUAUGUUCUCAGCUGGGUGAACAUGAGAUGGAAGUAAGAUGUGAAGAGGGUUCAUGGGCAUAAAUGAGUUGUUUAUGGUAAGAUUUGAAGCAAACAUUUAGAUAAUUACUGGAAUGUCUAGGACCUAUGAGAGGCAGACACAUGGUGUAAAGCAGAGGUGUCAAAUACGGCCCACAACACUCACUAGUGCAGGCUGAACAAGAUU